GUAUUAGGAAUAUCGGUUACUUUAAGUGCCUGAUAUUUCAGUUGCUUACUGAGGUGAGCUCUCAGUGAGGGGACGAGUACGGAUAUAAACAAAUACCCCCACCAUAAAUACAACGUUGUCUGACGUACUUUCAAGAUCCCAAUCUGCAGGACUUAUUUAUAAUUUCUUACUCUUUCUGCCAUUAUAUCUACCGAAAGAUUAUUAUCAAAAUGUCGCCUCAAGCUAUUAUCGCUCCAUCUAUUUUGUCUGCAGAUUUUGCAGAAUUAGGGAAAGCAUGCUCUGAUACAAUCGGCCAAGGAGCAGAUUGGCUCCAUGUAGAUAUUAUGGACGGGCACUUUGUGCCAAACAUUACUUUCGGUGCACCCGUCGUUACGAAGAUCAGAAGCCAUGUCGAUCGACCAACAGCCAAACACGGAAAGGGAACAUUCGAUUGCCAUAUGAUGAUUGCUGAGCCAAAGAAAUGGGUAAAGGAAUUUCAAAAGGCCGGGUGCGAUCUUUACUGCUUUCAUUACGAAGCUGCAAUUUCAAGCACUGCAGCAGAAAGUCCGGAAUCAACGAGCGAGUCGAAGACAAACCCAAAAGAAUUGAUCAGAUAUAUUCAUGACAAUGGAAUGUUGGCAGGAAUAGCGAUUAAACCAGAUACAAAGGUCGAUGUGCUGUGGGAUAUUCUUGAGAACCCAGAAGAAAAGGAAAGACCAGAUAUGGUGUUGAUCAUGACGGUCCACCCCGGUUUUGGCGGACAAAAGUUUAUGGCAUCUGAAUUACCUAAGGUCGCCGAACUCAGGAAACGAUACCCAGACCUCAACAUCGAAGUUGAUGGUGGAUUGGGUCCUGGAACAAUUGAUCAAGCCGCAGAUGCUGGCGCAAAUGUGAUUGUUGCAGGCAGUGCUGUUUUUGGAGCCAAGGACCCCUCUGAAGUUAUUGCCAAGCUGAGACAGGCUGUUGAUAGCAGAAGGGAGAAGUUGUAAUGACAAUGCAAUGUGACAUACAAGUGCGUACACGGCGGCAAGAACGGGACAUGGACGGAUACGUAGAAGUCCAUAUAUGUGUUCAGUCGCACCGCACGCACCAAAACCCUAGAGCAGGCGGAUGUGAAUAUAGAAAAAUAGAGAUAGAUUCCCGCUCAUGUGCGUCCAAUGUAACGUCCAACCUCAAGAAAUUUAACAAAAGGAGUUCCACAUAAGAAUGCCAUGCAUCGCA